UCCUGAGGGUUAAGGCAUUCACAAUUGCUGCUCGCUUUGAAAAUUUGGUAAUUCACUCUAGAAUUGUAGUCCAUUAAUCCACGUUUUAAAAUAAGAAUUAUAACAAUAACGGUAAUUAUUCAGGAUAAAUUGCAUGGUCCUGUAGAUACAAUUUAAAGGGCAGGUAUUAUUUAAUACUGUGCUUACAAGUAUUAUAGGGUUCUUCAAAUAGCCAUCAUUAUCAGGUCUAUAUUCCAGCAGGCGGCACUAUAAACUGAACACUCUCCAGGGACUUUAGGGAGUAUUCAAUAAAUUUAUGAAUCAUGUCAAAACUGCGUGACCGUAGUACAGUAUCCAUGGGAAUUAUCCGUCGGCUGAGUUACAUAAAGUGUGACACUGGAAAGUUAAAAACCGAAGGAACCUCGUUUGGGAAGCACAUACAGCGCACAGCCCCAAGACCUAACAUGAACAGAUUCCUGCUGCUUCUAGCUGCAGUUGUAGUUUGCCAGCAACGAACAAUGGGAAAACCGCUAAGCGGAAGUUCACCCGCUGAGCAGUUCCAGAAUUCAGCCAGCACACCUGCCGGUCUCGGAAGCCUGCCCCACCUGGCGGUGAGGGAGGUUGAAGGUCCAAAUUCGGCAGACCAGGCGAGUCUCUGCUACUUUGUCCAAGAGAGCGAAGUGGAGAGUCAGAUCUCCUGCAAACUCCGUUUCACCCGGAGUAAAUUUAACUUCAAUCCGUUUGGACUUCGCUUCGGAAAGCGCAACAGGAAUAUCGUGGCCAACGACAGGAGCGCUAUACCCAGUGAGCUGUUGCUUUACCUGCUGUACCUCAAAGAGACGGGCCUGGCCCCUUGACUGGGCGACUGUGGAUUGAAAGUUUUCAUCCUGUUAUUGGAAUGGUGUUUUUUUUUUAUGAUUACCGAGUUCUUAAAUAUAUUUCUGAAUGUUAGAAAUGACAGUUUCACAAUGGACUAAAGAAAAAAAACAGUAAAUCUCACUGUUCAGCCGAAAGUCAUUAUAUAUUUAUUAGACUUGUUCAAGUUUGUACAGAGGCAUUAGAACAUUCUCAUUGAGAUGACUUGAGUUCUUGACUUUAUUUUUUAUUCAAUGGGUGUCUCAAUACAUGUUAUAUAAGUUCCCUUUUAGUUUCUGAAGGUAUUCAAUAAUCACAACGUUGUUAAAGACAUUGUAUUUAAAAGUACCAAUGCUUAUUUGUUGUAUUAAGUGAAUAAAUGUGCAAACAGGUUUAACUUCA